AAAAAAAAAAAGAAGAGGAAAUCUGGUCAAACUCGUCCUCCUCUCUCAUCUCCCUCCCCGUCUCGCCGGCGGAGGUAGGCUUCGCCCUCUCGCGGCCUCGCGUGCGCGUCGCCGGCGAGAGGGCCGCCCGUAGGCACGGCGCCGACGGCCUCGAUCCUUCCCUAUCCACGCGCUCUGCGUGGCAUCCUCGUCGAGGUCCCGGAGGGGUUGACCCUGCCAAGCUGCGGCGCGCGCGCGGCCUGUUCGACGGAAUGCGCCACUGAGAGACUCCCAGCGUGAGCCGCCCAUUCCGAGACAAGAAUGGCCGCUGGGGUGGCUGGAGCGAGGGGCGCAGGUCGCCCGCUCAUGCGGCUGGUCACCAUGAGCGGCGUGCCGAUCCUGCGGCAGCUGCACCUGGAGGAACGGCUGCUGCGCCGUACCGGGGAUAACUGGUGCAUCAUCAACGACGGCACGGCUCCUGCCACCAUCGUCAUGGGCGUGUCAGGGAGAGUUUCGGAGCUUGUCGAGAUUGAGCCGGUCCUCCGGGAUAAAGUUCCGGUUAUAAGGAGGUUCAGUGGUGGUGGCACAGUCAUCGUCGAUCAGGGGACAGUGUUUGCCACAUUCAUAUGCAGCAAGACCGCCAUUCCUGGACUGCAGCCAUUUCCGCGGGAUAUCAUGUCUUGGACUGGUCAGUUGUAUGACAAGGUGUUUGAUGGUUUCGGUGAAUUUCAUCUGCGUGAGAAUGAUUAUGCCUUUAGUCAAAGGAAGUUUGGAGGAAAUGCUCAAUCCAUUACAAGAGAUCGUUGGGUUCAUCAUACAUCAUUCUUAUGGGAUUAUGAUAUGAAGAAUAUGGAUUAUCUCAAAAUCCCAAAACGUGCACCUGAUUAUCGACUGGCGAGGAACCACACAGAUUUCUUGUGUCGCAUGAAGGAGUAUAUGCCAUCACGAUCCGUUUUCACCGAAGGGAUCAUCUCUGCCCUCGGAGACCACUUCACAGUCGAACCCACAGAACCAGAGGCAGUGCUCUCUGAUGACACAGGGUUUAAGCCUUCCACGAAGCUGUUAUCGCCACAAGACCUAGAGGAUGUUAUCGCCUCAAAAGAAUCACUCAAGGUACAGGAAGUCGAAGCAUGACAACAGCUGUGAAGAUGACUUCUUUUCUCAUGAUCAUGCCUGACAAGCGGUACCAUCGAACAGUGAAUAAAAUCAACCUUCCAGUUUGGACGGCGUUGUGCUCACUGAAAAUUUGGCACCGAAGGACACAACCACAGCUUCCUUGAAGCGGACUUCCGCAUCUAAAGCAUCAUUGCUCAAACAGCUAAUUGUUAUUCAUUCCGGUUUCGGAAUCUUUUUUACUGGAAUAAUCAGCUGGAGAACACAAAUGUUCCUUCGCUAACGCCAUCCUCAUCUCUUAUAAGUUCUAACCACACUCUUUUUGACCUGUGUUAACCUGUUCUUCAUUCCUCAACCAUAGUA